UAUGCUUUCAUUGCAUAAAAUGGUUUAUUAGUAUGAGCGCAGAAGCCAUGUGCUCGCAGCAAGAAAUCCUCAUUUGAAACCGAGUGAUCUAAACUCAAACCACACUGCAAAUGAUCUCUUUCUCUUUGUUCCUUUGAUUAGUCCGAUCGGAGUCUGUGAAUCCUGAGCUGCAGUUUUUAAGCUACUCAGGACCACUUCUCACCAUACCACCCAUGCCUGGACAAUGUGGCAGAGUGAUGUUUUCGACACCUUUCAGUUCCCAUGUUGGCCGUGGAGAAUUUACUGAUGUGUACGAUCCAGCAGAGGAUACCUUCCUAUUAAUGGAUGCCUUAGAAAAAGAUGUGAAUGAAAUAAGGAAGCUCUGUCCCAGGAUCUGCCUUGAGGUUGGAGCAGGAUCUGGCGUUGUUUCUGUAUUCCUAGCUUCUAUUGUUGGGCCUACCUCAUUUUAUCUCUGCACAGAUAUUAAUCCUUUGGCUGCUGCUUGCUCAGUGGAAAGUGCAAGAUGUAAUGGAGUGAACAUCCAACCAAUCAUUACUGACCUAGUCACAGGAUUAAUGCCGCGAUUACAAAAUCAAGUUGAUGUAUUAAUAUUUAACCCACCCUAUGUGGUUACUCCCUCAGAAGAAAUAGGUGGCCAUGGCAUAGAGGCAUCUUGGGCUGGUGGUGAAAGAGGUCGCGAGGUCAUGGAUCGGCUGUUUCCUCAGGUCUCAGCCCUCUUGUCCAGUCAGGGAUUAUUUUACCUGGUUACAAUUCAAGAAAAUAACCCAGAGGAGAUAAUACAGUCACUGAAGAGUUCUAGUUUGAAGGGGACUGUGCUUAUUUCGAGGCAAGCUGGGAGAGAACACCUUUCAGUGCUAAAGUUUUGGAAAGCCUGAAUAUUGGGUUCCAAUUGCCCCCAUGUUAAACAGCUCAUUAAAAACUGCGAAUCCAGAGAGAAGAGACAGCUCUACCUACUGCUUCCUUUAUAACUGGAGAUUUGAACGUAGCAGUUUCAGAUUGAUGGAAUCCACUUAGGAGUACUGUGGAAGGCCUGGAACAUUUUCUGUGGAAAACUGGGGAGAUGGUUCAGUAUUAUAAAUUAAUACUGGAACCAACUGUACAGGAGACUUGUAACUGAGAAGAAUUUCUGACAGAUCUUGAAAGUUCAGAAAUUAGUUAUUUUAUACGUAAUGUUGCAUAAGUCCAAAUAAUAAGUAAUAUUAAUAACUAGCUGAGUUCACCAUAUCGCAGGAGGCCAUGUCAUAUGGUUCCUAUUCGGAACAGUAACAGUAAAGGAAAACAAAAAGAUGCAAUCAAACUAAAUACUGAAGUUAACACU